AUUUAGAAGGCGCAUUUGGCAAUUAAUCCGGUACAUUCUAGCUUUUUCAACCAUUCUCUUGCCCAAUCCUUGUUUCCUAUGCUAGUUACGGUCGUUCGAUAGCUUUGAGGAGAGAAUGCCUUCGUGCUCCGUGCCCAACUGCGGGAAUAACUCUAGGAACGGUUGGAGAGUUUUUCAUUUUCCCACCCAAUCCGAAAGGAGAACACUCUGGCUCAAAGGAAUCAAUAGGGCGAACUGGGAGCCUACGAAGUGGUCGUCUGUGUGCAGUGCUCACUUUGAUGAGGACAGCUUCGAACAAAACCGCGCUGAUGGCUGGAAGAGGCUAAAGCAGGAUGCUGUGCCAUGUCUGUUCCCGCCAAAGGAAUCUUCUCGCAAACGAACUACGCCGAAAGAGGCAACAAGAACCACAACGCCAUCUGUGGCAAGUGAGGGUUCCACUACCGUCGAUGGAGCAGACUCGGCAUCGACGCAGGUGGAGGUGCAUCUGGUGUCGCCUUCCAACGGCACUGAUCUGUCUCGGCAAGAGAGCUGCAUCGGCCCACAGCUAGCCAUCUCAAGCCGGACUCCGCGGAGCCGAACAAUCAAGCAAGAACCUGCUGCGCUGAACGCUGCAUCAUUCGAUCCUCCUUGUUCCAACAGCUCCUGCGCAGAAUUGAGACAGCAACUGGCAGACAUGACGAGAAGGCACGAUCAACUGCUGGAAGCUUACGGGAUUGCGAAUUCAACCGUUAACGCGCUUACGAAUAAGGUCGGCGAGUUACAAAGCACCGUGGAAAAUUUUCGACAGUGCCUUAUUCAGCCUCGCAACGACGUUCAUUUGCAAGUGUUGCCACGAAAGAAGAAUCACAGCAGUAUCCAUACGCAAUAAAGCUCGCGCUUAAAGGUU